AUGGGUAUUUCGAGUUUCAUCGGUAAAGGAGUAAGUAAAACAAUCGAAAAAGUUUGUGAUGAUGAAGAUGCCAAAGAAGUUUUUAAAUUUGUCGGCGAUACGCUUACUGGCGGAAUAAUUGGUGGUAAAGCAGAGGAAGAAACUGUUAAAACAGCAGUCAAAACUAUAGAUAAAGUCGUUGGCAAGAUUGCUGAAGCGACUAAAAUUAUGUCACAAAAUGCCGGUGAAGCUUUUACAACUAUUGGAAGAGAAUUAGGAAGA